CUCAGGAGGCAGUUCAUCUUAUUAGCUCAAGAAACAUGGCAGAGCAGGUCACGGAGAUGGUGAUCAAAGUGGAUCUUCAGUGUUGUCGCUGUUCCAAGAAGAUCAAGAAAAUCCUGUGUGAGAUCCCUCAAGUAAAAGAUCUAAUCUUUGACGAGAAACAAAACAAGGUGAAGAUCAAAGUGGUGGGUUGCGAUCCCGAGAAGGUCCGGCAAAAGAUAUGUUGCAAGGGAAGAGCUUUCAUUUUAGGCAUCGACAUCAUACCCCCCGAGCCACCAAAAAAAAAAGAACCAAAAAAAGAAGAAAAAAAAACAGAAGAAAAAAAAGAGGUUAUACUUCCAACUCCAGAACCCUCCAAAAAACCUCCACCGGUGAUAGGUUACCCACCGGGGUAUAUGAUGGGGAAGGUGUAUGUUUGUAUCUCAUGUCAUCAUGGGGGUUGUGGUUGGUUCUGUCCAUGUAACUGUCACUGCGGAGGCCCACCAAUAUGCGCUGAUGGAUGCGGGAGGCCACCCCACGAGUGCAUAUGCAAGAGGCCACCGAUGUGCCAUUAUGGGUGCGGGAGGCCGGCCUACGAGUGCAGUUGCCAGAGACCCAUUUACCCGUGGUGUUGCGAUCGCUACAGCUAUGGAAACGCCUCUUCAUCAUGGACCCUGCAUGGCUGUGACUACGGAAGGCCGCCAGCAUGCACCAAUGCCGGUUACGACUGCGACACUUCCUGCACGCUCAUGUGAGGAGAGUUUUGAAGUAUUUGUCAAAAUCAGGUCUUUAUUUCCACGACUUGGUGUUUUUAUGAGAUCUGUCGGAUCACGACAUGGAUCUUCUUCCCGCACGAUAUUUCCUUUACUGCCUCAAUAAAUACCAAUUAUUGAGUUAUGAAAA